CUGGAGGAUGAUAUCUUCUCAAUGAUAUAUAUUUUUUUAAUUACUAAAACCACAUGAAUGGUCAAAAUUGUAACACCUAACACGCCCAUGAAUUCCCUACAAAACCCACGUUCCUAAACCAUCAUAGAAUUCUUAAUAAAGAUAGCUUGAACAAAAAGGUUCAGAGAAAUCCAAGGCCUGGGUUGUGGUGAAUAUUGGGUUUUGUUGGAUUAUAAAGUUCUCAGCGAUUUAUUUAUUUAUUUAUAAAGGGAGAAAUGAAAAUGGACCUUGGAACGAGAUUGGCUUUUCUGGGUGGAAUUUUGGUUUUGGCAUUGUUUUCGACUGUUUCUGGCAACUUUUUGUUCCCGGUACAGCACAAAUUCAAGGGUAGAGGAAGGUCUUUGAGGACCUUGAAAGACCAUGAUAUGCGACGUCAUGCUAGGACUCUCUCUUCUGUGGAUGUGCAAUUGGGUGGCAAUAGCAUGCUUACUGAUGUCGGGCUUUACUUUGCAAAACUUCGGAUUGGGUCUCCUCCAAAAGACUAUUAUGUGCAAGUUGAUACAGGAAGUGACAUUUUAUGGGUGAAUUGUAUCGACUGUCAGAAGUGUCCCACAAAAAGUCAUCUUGGUAUUGAUCUUACACUCUAUGAUCCAAAAAGCUCAUCCACUUCAAAGUUAGUUACUUGUGAUCAAGAAUUUUGCAUAUCGACAUACGAUGGUCCACUUCCUGGUUGCAGGCCCGAAUUGCGAUGCAAAUAUAAUGUGGUUUAUGCAGAUGGUAGCACGACUACAGGUUACUUUGUGAAGGAUACUAUACACUUUGAAAAACUGAUUGGAAAUCAGCAAACACAAUCAGAAAAUGGAAGUGUAAUAUUUGGGUGCGGAGCCAAGCAAUCUGGAGACCCUGGUGCAACUUCUGUAGCACUUGAUGGUAUAAUUGGUUUUGGACAAGCAAAUUCGUCAAUGAUAUCACAGCUUGCUGUGGCUGGAAAGGUCAAAAAAACAUUUGCCCACUGCUUGGAUAAUGUAAAUGGAGGUGGAAUCUUUGCCAUUGGGGAAGUGGUGGAACCACAAGUGAAUACUACUCCGAUGGUACCAAAUCAGGCACAUUACAAUGUUAUUAUGAAGGCAAUUGAGGUGGGUGGUGAUGUUCUAGAACUUCCCACAGAUAUAUUUGAUACUGGAGAUCGGACAGGAACGAUAGUUGACAGUGGGACAACCUUCGCUUAUCUUCCAGAUACUGUUUAUGACCCACUGGUGACCAAGGUUUUGGCACAGCAGCCCGGAUUGAAAUUACAUACAGUUGAUGAUGAAUUUACUUGUUUCGAGUAUAAUGAUAAGGUUGAUGAUGGAUUUCCAGUUAUCACAUUACAUUUUGAUAAAUCACUUAUUUUGACAGUUUAUCCUCAUGAUUACCUGUUCCAAGUUCGUGACCAUGUGUGGUGUAUUGGUUGGCAAAACAGUGGAAUGAAAUCCAAGGAUGUAAAACAAGUGACUCUUUUGGGAGACAUGGUGCUUGCAAAUAAGCUAGUGGUAUAUGAUGCUGAAAAUCAGGUCAUUGGCUGGAGAGAGUACAACUGUUCCUCAACCAUUAAGCUGAAGGAUGAAUCGGGAUCAGUGUACAUUGUUGGUCACCACAAUCUUUCUUCAGGUUAUAGUCUGGUAACAGGAAGAGUAUUAACAAUUUUGUUAUUACUGAUUGCUGUUCUGCCAGGGCCGGCUUAAGGCAUAGGCCACUAAGGUCAAUGCCUAGCCCCAUUUUAUAGGGGCCAAAAAAAAAUUUAUAUAUAUAAAAUAUAUAUGUGUAUUAAUUAAAUAGAAUAUAAUUAUUAAUUUAUUUUGAAAAUAUAAAAAUUUUGAUUUUAAAAAUAUUUUAAAUUAUCUCUAAUUGAUUAUUUAUUUUUUUGGAUGAAUUCUAAUUGAUAAUUAUCUUUAAUUAUUUUUAUUUUUGAAAAAUAACACCAAUUAAAUUUAAUUAAAUAUUUUAUAUUUUAUAAUUGAUUAAAUUUUAAUGAUAAAAAAAAGGAUUAAUACUCCUCUUGUUUGUACACUUUUUCUAAGUUGUUUAUGCAAUUUUUCUCAUCUAACUCACUUAUU